UGCCCGGAGCUUGGCUGGGAGGCGGGCCAUGGCGCGGGUGGGGAAGCACAGCGCCGGCGAGUCGUCGUCGCCGUCUCCGUCUCCGUCGCCGCCGCCGCCCGACCGGAGGCCGCUCUACUUCGCGGCGUUCCUGCUGCUCGCCGACGCCGCGCUCGUCGCCCUCAUCGUCGCGUUCGUCCCAUAUACCAAGAUCGACUGGGACGCGUACAUGGCUCAGGUGGAUGCUUUUGCGGAAGGGGAGAGGGACUACACCAAGAUCGAGGGCGACACGGGGCCGCUCGUCUACCCGGCCGGCUUUCUCUACGUCUACUCCGCCAUCAAGUUCCUCACCGCCGGCCAAGUCUUCCCCGCGCAGAUUUUGUUCGGUGUCUUGUACAUUGUGAACCUUAGCCUUGUUCUGCUGCUUUACGUCAAGACUGAAGUGCUUCCAUGGUGGGCUUUAGGUUUGCUUUGCUUUUCAAAGAGGGUUCACUCCAUCUUUGUGCUCCGCCUUUUCAACGAUUGUUUUGCUAUGACAUUCCUCCAUGCUUCAAUGGUUUUGAUUAUUUAUCACAAGUGGUACCUUGGUCUGAUAAUUUUCAGUGCAGCUGUCUCUAUUAAAAUGAACGUGCUUCUUUUUGCUCCAUCACUGUUACUACUGAUGCUGAAGGCCAUGAGCAUCAAAGGAGUCUUCUUUGCUUUGUCAGGAGCUGCAGCACUACAGGUUUUGUUGGGUAUUCCAUUCUUGUUAUCACAUCCAGUUGAGUACAUUUCACGAGCAUUCAAUCUUGGGCGUGUCUUCAUCCACUUCUGGUCUGUAAAUUUUAAAUUUGUCCCUGAGAAGUUCUUUGUAUCAAAAGAGCUAGCUGUUGCAUUGUUGGUUCUUCACCUGACUACUCUUAUUGUCUUUGCACACUACAAGUGGCUGAAGCAUGAGGGUGGUGUGUUCCGAUUCUUGCAUUCGAGAUUCAAAGAUGCCACAUCAAUUCAACAAUUUAUCUUUUCCAAGCCUAAACUGUCAAGUCUUAGUACAGAACAUAUUGUAACUGUCAUGUUUGUUGGGAACUUCAUUGGCAUUGUGUGCGCAAGAUCAUUGCACUACCAGUUUUAUUCCUGGUACUUCUAUUCGCUGCCUUUCCUUUUGUGGAAAACUCCUUUCCCAACAUUUGUGAGGAUAAUUUUAUUUGUUGGUGUGGAGAUCUGCUGGAAUAUUUUUCCUUCCACUGCCUAUUCAUCACUGCUUUUGCUAUUCCUGCACAUCUCCAUCUUGGUUGGAUUAUGGAGCUCACCUGCAGAGUACCCCUAUGCCAAUGGAAAGAAAUGACAAUCUAGGUUUGGCGAUGUCAAACAGUUUUAACUUUGAGAUAGGCCUAGUUGUCAUACAGACUGCAUCAAGAAGGGGUCUGCAAAUCUGAACAUGAACUUCAACACACUGUAUUUUUUAUAUGUCAAUACUCUUGCUGUCAGUAGGUCCUAGUUUUCUGGAUGAUCAUCUCGUCCUACCGAAGAUGUACCAUAGAUAACCCGUUAACAACUUGAUAUAGAUUGGGAAGAGGCUGUGUUUUUUUAGUUCAUUGUUCUCCACUGAUGUUAUACCAUCUUUUUGUCUCUGGCAAUAUUCUGGAAGUGUAUAUCAGGCUCACU